UUACUUUGAUUUCUGACCCAAUUUUUAUCAGUGAUAUCUUUAUCUUUAUCUUUACCCCUCCCCCGGUACAAAAAUUUGAACUCUGGCGCGCUAUAUUUGGAAUAUCAGCACGUGUCACUUGAUUAUAUCAUUUUCAAAAUGGCGUCUUUGAAGGAUGUUUGUCGUGGUCUGCCUGUUGAUCCUUUACCAGAGCCAAGGCAAAGAGAUAACUGUGUUCCUCAUGCACCAGUCAGGGCUACAAGACUAACAGAACGAGAAGAACAACUUGCAUUACAAAAUGCACUGCGGUACUUUCCACCAGWGACGCAUGAAGYACUUGCCCCAGAGUUUGCAGAAGAGUUACGAGAGUAUGGUCAUAUUUACAUGUAUCGYUUUAGACCUGAUUUGCAUAUGAGAGCAUACCCAAUAGACGAGUACCCAGCAAACUCUCGCCAAGCAGCAGCUAUCAUGCAUAUGAUUAUGAACAAUCUUGAUCCACGUGUAGCUCAGUUUCCUCAUGAACUUAUUACAUAUGGAGGAAAUGGACAGGUGUUUAGUAACUGGGCACAGUUCUGGAUUGUGAUGAACUACUUGUCUGAGAUGACAGAGGAGCAAACAUUAGUCAUGAAUUCAGGUCACCCAUUGGGGUUAUUUCCAAGUCUUCCUAGUUCUCCAAGAGUAGUGAUAUCAAAUGGAAUGAUGAUUCCCCACUACUCUACAACUGAGCAAUAUGACAGGCUGUUUGCUUUAGGAGUUACAAUGUAUGGACAGAUGACUGCAGGCAGUUACUGCUAYAUUGGGCCACAAGGCAUUGUACAUGGAACAACAAUUGUAGUUAUGAAUGCAGGAAGNNAGUAUAGUCAUGUGAUAUUUUGUUUUGUGCAGGUUUUUCUCACAUCAGGUCUUGGUGGAAUGAGUGGUGCACAGCCCAAGGCUGCAGUGAUUUCAGGGUGUAUUGGAGUGGUAGCUGAGGUAGAUGAAUCAGCCUUGAAGAAACGAUAUGACCAAGGGUGGCUUAUGGAAUACACUGCUGAUCUGAACUCCUUGAUGGAGCGCAUUAGAAAAGCACGGAAGGAGAAGAAACCUGUUAGCAUUGGUUAUUUAGGAAAUGUAGUUGAUGUAUGGGAGAGGCUCGCUGAUGAGUAUGACAGGACAGGAGACUUGUUAGUUGACUUGGGCUCUGACCAAACAUCACUUCACAACCCAUACAAUGGUGGAUAUUAUCCAGUACAGGUGUCAUUUGAUGAAGCCAAAGAAAUCAUGAAAUAUGAUCCUGAUAGAUUCAAAAGUCUURUCCAAGAAAGUCUUCGUCGCCAAGUUGCAGCAAUCAAGAAGCUGGUAAAUCGUGGGAUGUUCUUCUGGGAUUAUGGAAAUGCAUUUUUGCUUGAAGCCAGUCGUGCUGGUGCUCAAGUGUCCAAGCCAGACUCAUUACCUGGUACAUUUAUCUACCCUUCAUAUGUCCAGGACAUUAUGGGUGAUAUCUUCUCCAUGGGUUUUGGUCCUUUUCGUUGGGUGUGCACAUCCGGGAUACCUGCAGACCUUGAAACCAGUGAUUCAAUUGCCAGACAAGUUUUGGAAGAUAUYAUAAAGAAAGGAGUUUCUGAGGAAACAGAACAGCAAUACCAAGACAACAUUAGAUGGAUCAAGGAAGCACAGCAACAUCACAUGGUCGUUGGUUCCCAGGCUCGUAUUCUGUAUGCUGAUAGGCGUGGUAGGGUUGCMAUUGCUGUAGCUUUUAACAAAGCCAUUGCAGAUAAAAGGAUAAGUGACUGUAUUGUCAUCAGUCGGGAYCAUCAUGAUGUUAGUGGUACCGACAGUCCAUUCCGUGAAACAUCAAAUGUUUAUGAUGGUUCCAGCCUUACAGCAGACAUGGCUAUACAAAAUGUUAUUGGAGAUUCCUUCAGAGGUGCAACCUGGGUAUCAAUUCACAAUGGUGGAGGUGUAGGAUGGGGUGAAGUAACAAAUGGAGGCUUUGGUUUGGUGUUGGAUGGUUCACCUGAAAUGUCUAAACGUGCUGAAAUGAUGCUUUCAUGGGACGUAUCUAAUGGGGUUGCCCGUCGCUAUUGGAGUGGUAAUGAAAAAGCAGAUCAUGCUAUUUGCCGAGCUAUGGAAGAUAAUCCUAAGCUUAAGAUAACAAAACGUAACAAUGUUAAAGAUCCAUCCCUGCUUCAACGGGCUUUCAAACAAUGAACCUUGGCUGUGAUGUUAUCCUUAGGAUGGUAUUGGUGAUGUGUUGUAAAGGUUUAAUUGAUAGCUAUCUACAGCCCUUCCAGGUACAUGCAAGAAGGAAUUCAUGAGGUGUAUUUAAAUUUUAUAAAAUGAAAGUUAGUGUGGCGAAGCAUAGGGGCAAAUGUUUAACAAAAAUGUUCAAAUGUGGUGAAACUAUUUUUAGGACUUUUAGGUGUAUUUAAAGUAUAGAAAUUGUGGAUAUUUAUUAAAUUAUUUUUAUCUUUUUGUUUGUUUGUUUUCACUAGGUGUAUUUUUAAAUACUAAAAUUAAGAAAUAUAAAACGUCUCUGUCCUCUGAUAUAAACACGGUGGGAGUUUGAAAAACACGAGAGAAGCAAGCUUAGGAACACGAGCGUAGUGAAUGUCUCUCUUGCUUCUCGGGUGUUUUUCGACUCCCACUGUGUUUAUAUCAGAAGACAGAGACAAAAGUGGCCGUUUUAUAUUUUUUUUAUAAAAUUUUUCGAGCGA